CUUGCCAGGACAUGUCGGCGCCGGCCCGAUCUUCGAGCCCAUUAGUAUCAACCUCGGAUGCCGGAGAGGGGAUCCGGAGCCAAUGGUCUGGGUGCGAGGACCCUGGAUGCCCCUAUCAUUACUUCUCAGAAGCACAGGCAAACAGCACGUCAAAUACUACCUGCUGGCUGCGCCUGGGCGCCACGCAGAUGCACGGAGCAGUAGCCGAGAUAGCCAUAGCUCGGGAGAUGACACGACUGGGCCCAACGCUCGCGGUAGAGUCGACCGUCGACAUCUUGAGCCGCAGAACAUGCCCUGCCCUACAGCAUGCGUGGUCAGUCUGGGGUCGUCUUGACGAAGUUGACUGCAUGCUAUUAUGUGAAUAUAAACAUGGAUACCCCUUCAUCCCCCCAAGGUGUACUCCUCUGAGGCCAGAGGACAUACCGUCACCACCCGCAACGCAGACAUUUAGACUCAAUUGUGUGCUACUCUUUCGUUGGCUGAACUAUUCCAGCUGUCAUUACUGUACUACCGGCUGGCUGCCUUUCGUGCACCCUCUCUCACGGCCUCUCGCCGCCGUUCAAGUGAUUCGCCCUGUGGCAUCCCGAGACAGCAGCCAUGACAGUUCCGGACUACGAAAUACCCAGAGACGUGGUUCCACCGGGAAACCAGACUGGCACUUACUACAUCCCAAUCUCAAACCUUCCAUUCAAUGUGUCAUGGCAGGAGGUAAAGGAUCAUGUGAGACAGGUCUGCGUGGUAGACCACGUGGAAAUCUUCCCCAAGAGCACAUCUGGAUGGGUCAGAGUAAAGGGGUUUGAGCAUUUCAAGGCAGCGUUCGAUUUGCUCAAUGGCAAAGAGUUCAAAGGCCGGGCGGUGAUAGCGGAUGACAGAAACGCGGAGAGGCCAUUGAAAGUACGUGAUCUGGGACCAACAAAUCGCCCAGCCAGCAGCAGCCCGAAAUCAGCUGUCGACUCAGCGUCUGAAACCUUCCUGUUUGCAGGAGGCCCAGUGUCCUAUCCGAGCACCGUUGGGAUAUCCUCUCCCACGUCCACGGUAAGCUCGGCGUACGGUCAGGUGCGUGUCGAUCUAACCGCGUCUUCGUACCACUUGCAUUCACUCCCACAAAGCGACCGAGGCCCUCUGCAGAAUCACUGCCACUACCAUGUGCCGGCUGCUCAGGCGCUGAUGCCUACGUGUUUUGUACAGGAUGGCGGAAGCUUCUCCAUGCCCAUGUCUCCGUCCAGCUACAUGACGAGCCUUGGCGCUUCGUUCUCGCACGGCACUAUGAUGCCGACCUGCGACAUCCUCACGCCAAGCUAUCCGCAGCCAGGCCUGCCGACGACAACAUACGGCUAUUACGGCCCGGGCGCGGAGGCACAGCAACCCUUCUACGGCUACCAGACCGCACCAGACCGACAGCCAGCGUUGUAUAACCAAUCGGCCUCGUACGCGGUGCAACCGGUUCAACCCUAUAGCGAAUUCUACCCACCACCGCCGCCUCCUCCUCCUCCCAACAUGGCCUCCCUCAACAACCAGAUGGCGGACCUGACGAUGGGCCAGGGCGUGGGGCCGGGCGGCGGCGGCGGCUUCGUCUACACCGAGCAGCGCGGCAUCCUCAUACGCGAGCUGUCGCGGCGCGCCUCCGAGGAUCAGGUCCGCAGGAUGAUUAGCGAGGCGGCGGGUCGCGAGGCCUCCCUCAUCAGCCGAGUGGAAGUGCCGCUCGAUAAGGAGGGCUGCCCGCGUGGCCAUGCGAUUGUGCACUUUCGCAGCGCGGACGUCGCCCGGAGGAUGGAGGCCAGGCUGCAGGGGGCAGACUUCAAGGGAAGGAAGCUGCAGGCGCGGUUGCUGAAGGAGGGAGAGGUCGUCGGGGUCGGAGGCUGCGGCGCCGUGGCGAGCCCGCCAACGAGGGGCCACGGCCACGGGCACCGGAGCGGCAGGCAUCACAAUUCUAGCUCCAGGAGGGAGGAGGGCAGGAGGACCGAGCGCAGGGACAGAGACAAGGAGAGGGGCUCCGACAGGGGUGACAAGAAGGUCUCCUCGACCUCGUCUGCCAGCAAGGGCAUGCCGCUGGUGGUGAGCGGGGCUUGGCCGGCUGUUGAGGCCUCCGUCUGCUCGACGCCAUCAUCCACGUCAAAGAGCAAGGACAAGGGCAAGGAGAAGCACGGCGGCAAGAAGUCUGCUGUCGUGAUUGCAGAUGGCAGCUCACGCCGCGCAGACAAGAGCUGAGGAGGGGGGAAAGCGACUCAUCACAAAAUCUGCCAUGGGAAAGUUUCCUGAUGGAGAAAUGAGCUCGUUGGGCAAUGGCGAAAUGGCCAGACGGGGAAGCCCGGAAUUGUCUAGGGCAUGUGAGACACAGGAAGAACAAAAACAAAUUGCUCUGACUGGGGGUGGCUUUUGACAACUCACGAUGCGGAUGGGCUAAGGCUUGGUGGGCGCUGGGGAUUGGACGGGGCGUGGUCGUGUUGGAGGAGGCGGGGAGAAAAAGCAGAUGCUUACUGUUGGAUGCGGAUUAUCCCCUGGAUUCGUCCGACACGAUCGUCUUCAUCGCAACGGCUGAACGGUCAAACCAAUCUUCUUUUUUUGCUUAUUCUUUUAUCUCGCCAAGAAGAAUACCCCCAAGGUCACUGAUGGCUGUCUUUCUAGUCUCAACCUCCGCGCCAAUCUGCGUGCUCUCCCCCCUUCAAUAUCACGUUCGUGUUGGCCGGCACGUGAGGCUCGGUCAGCUCUGCACCUAGACCCCAGUCCAGAAUGUCAUAAACCCCUGGGGCUAUAGUUUGAAGUGCUAUGAUACACCGCCGCACAAGUCGCAACCAUA